AUGAUUCACUAUGGCUUUUUUAAGAAAUUAUUCAAAUCUUCAAACUCAACAACAGUUAAAGAAAUUUCCAUCAAUAGAAAGUCAAAAUGGAAUCAAUAUCCACAUCGGAGACGCGUGACCCUGGUUAACAAGAUUCGUGAGUCAGUCUUUGAAGACGAGCACCUGGAAACACGCUCAAUUCUAAAACAACUAAGAAUGGAUAUUGGGAUGGAUAAUGGACACGAGUACGUGACCAGUGACCAACCAGGGUAUAGAUUUGUCAUUGAUCCUGAGACCACAGAGUUAAUUGUCCAGUUAACCAACAUAUUACAACCAACUCACGACUCUGAUUGGAAAAUCGAUGUAGCAAGACAUUGUGACCAAUUGGUGGCACACCUUAGUCCCGCAACAUCAAAAUCUCGCGCGAUUUUAAAUUCAAAAGAAACCGACCAUACAGAACUAGUCCUUAUUAACGUGGCUCUAACCAAUAGUGGACACAAACAAGAUUUUGAACAUUUAAAGGCAUUUAUCAAAAACAAUAUUAAUUUAAAAUACAUUGAUCUCAGCUACACGGGACUAGAAAGUAGCCACAUAAAGGACCUUCUACCGUUGGUGACACAACUCAAAUCUCUGAACUACUUGGGGCUUCGCGGAAACCGACUUGACGAGGGAGAUGUGAAGACCAUGAUAGAACUCUUACAAAACAAAGGCACUUUACCACACUUGAGAUACAUUGAUUUAAAAAAUAACGAAAUGUACACUCUUCCGCAAACGUUUUUGCAACUACUGCGAGAAAGGUGGGCUGACCAAUGUGUACUGCCAACGUUAGAUGACAUAGCGAGUGGAAACGCAGUCGUUGUCGACGAAAGUUUUGAAUAA